CGGCGCCAACCUCGCCGGCCUGUCGGGCCACGGGUUCGCGGGCGUCACCCGACCACCCCCGGGACUGGAGUCGCAAGCCCCGCCCGGAUUGCCCCAGCCGAUAGGCAUGAGGGGUAACGGCACCCUGCACGGUCCGGGGCCGCAUGGGCCAAUUCCCAAUCCCACUGCCGCCUACAAUUCCAAUGCGGGACUGGGGAUCCGCAGCCCCCUGCACCCGAUGAUGACCCCGACGCCGCCCCCCUCGGGUGGGGUCAACGGCACCAACGGCACCACUGGUCCCAACUCGGGGGGGUUCAACCCCCCUUACCCCGACUACAUGCUUGGUCGGUAGGAGGGGUGGGGGAAGUGGCGGAGACGGACCCGGGUGACGCUAAUGUCCGGCAUGUUUUCAUGAAUCAUUUCAGGUAGUUGGCGCAAUCUGGGAAUUUGUUGCUUUUUCUUCCUUUCUUACGAGCCAGAACAAGCAUUCGGAGGCACCCGUUCCUCCUUGGCGUAAGGUUGGACUCGUGCUUUAUGCUUCAACUAUUCGUUCAUCUUCUUCUUGAUCUUUGACCUAUUUACCCCUUCUUCUCUUAUUCUUCUUCAUCGUCUUCUUUUUCUUCUUAUUAUUCUCCCCUUUCGUGUUCUUUUUUGAUGAUCGUGUUCCUCGUGUCGCUCAGCAGCAUGGAUUAAUGGGCGCCCUGUUAUACUGUCGCUUUCUUUUGGGGGGAUUGCAUCUUGAUCAUCCGUGUGUUAAUGAUUUCUUCCUGCGGGAGCUUCGGAAUUUUCCUGGUCGGCUUUUGUGUUCUAAUGUUUUUUUUUUUGCGUUUGAUCCCUUUUUGCCCUGUCUUUUCAUACCCUGUAUUGUGUUUUCUUGCGUUCUGCCAACAUGGGUCGGAUAGAUCUCUAUUGGUGUCGAGCGCUCGGUUUCGCUUCGCAUUCCACUUCCAUCUGUCUGUCCCCGGAUCCGUUUCGCAGUCGCAGAUGCACUCCUUGACAGGCGGAACGUGGUAUAUGGAUGGAUGAAUGUCGUCGAUCCUGACCCCGGAGAAGAACUAGAUGGACCGCCGGGUCAAAGGACAACGACGAAGAAAAGCCAAAACGACAAAAAAAGCAAAAAGCAAAAAGGAAAAAAGAGAAUGAAGUCGCAUCCGGCCGGGGUGCGCGUGGUAUAAUCAACUCAUGUCAUGAUAAAGCAUCUGGGAUUUCCGGGAGAGCACCCAUCGUGGGAGGCGUUUACACGGUUAUAGUUUGGGAUUUUUGAUCUGACGAACGCUUUUCCACGGGGUAAACGGCAUCUGGUAUCUGCUCGCCUGUCCAUUUUCUAGCGCCUUCUUUAUGUUCUUUACUCUUCGCCCCUUCUUUCUUAAUCUGUCUUUUCUUGGUGUUUCCUGUUUAUUAAUUACUUCUUGUUCGACUUGCAUCCUGUUCGCAGCGCGUGUUCCUUGGGUGUUGUUGGGAGGCCGUUGAUUUUACCUUGGAUGAACGCGCUAUUAUUACUCUGAUUCUUACGCCGCAUCUUGGACCAGGAGGAAAGAGGCGCAUUGCUUAUUAUUAUUCGUUUAUGUUCUCUAGUUUGACAGCGAGAUUGAUUCGUUCUUUGAUCCAACUGCAUCCGUAGGCGUACUGGUCGGGCAGUAGUCGCUAUGUAGGUCAGGUGAUCC